GGUUGCCUUAGGUUAGCCGGCAGUUUUGCCGACGUAUAUUUCUAAAUUUUUCAUCAAUUCUCCGUCAAAGAUGGAGUUGAUAUAUAGUGUAUCGGGUUCGUCGACCAGGAAGCCAAUUUAUGGCCAUAUGCCGCGUUCCAUAUGCACGUUUUCAUGCCGGAACGCGGUCGCUUUUACUUGCACCCAGGCGCUCGACGAGGCUGCGGAGCUGGGCAAGGACAAAGACGAUCUGCUUAUGCAGGAAAAACAAGACAGACCCAUGUCAUUCGAACACCAGUAUCAUGUGUAUGUGUAUGAUGUGGAGAAACCGUGGGAGGUAUUUGAAGUGACCAGACUGGAUGAGGCUGUCCAGCAGUUACACUGGGACAGUAGUGGCUCAAGACUGCUGGUCAUUGACAGACUGGGCAAUACGGCCAUAUGGAAAAUGAAGGAUUAUUUAAUGAACAGCUGGGAACUCUGUCAUCAGUCCAGUGUAGAGGGGGAAGAGUUCCUGUGUGCAGCGUGGCUCCACACGGGAAUCAUGGUCCGUUACGACCUAGACAAGAGGGAGAGCUAUCUAUAUGAUGGAAAAUUCACCCGUAUUUCCUUCUCCCCCUCGUUGUGCCAGUUUGGUGGGAAAGCCACUGAUGGCUGGAUAGGAGUCACUGCUACUGGAUUGGUCUGUGUUGGUGUACCAGGUAGUGAACAAGGAAUGACAGUUGUCAGAAAUGGCCUGUCACAAGUACGCAGCAGGUACCAGCUAGCAGCCCUGGCUUUCUCUAGCAAUGGGAACAUCAUUGUGGCAUGCAGCGAUGGCAACAUUGCCUCCUGUAUACAGUGCUUUACAGUGACAGUGACAAUUGACAGCAACAGCACGUGCAGUAUACAGAGCAAUCCACAUGCCAGUUUUUUUGUGCAUGCGCACACGGACCCUCAGUACAAAGACUCCCCCUUUGCCAGGAUUUCCCACUUGGAUUUCACGUCACGAGAGGACAGUGACACAAUCUUGGUUUGGUCGGAGACAGAUCAGUUGUCCUGCAUGGAGAGCUGGCAUCUCCAGGAGCAGGCUGUAGGCUUGCACAAAUUCUUUCAGGGCAAUCUCAACACAGACACUCGGCAACCGUUCAAAUUGCUGAAGUGGGUUCUGAGGUCAAAUUUGUCCCACUCCAGUCCAGUGUCAAGCGUGGCCAUGCCAAGGUACCCCAGCGCCCUUACAAAGCCAGAGUCCAACCCCCUCCUUCCCAAGUGCAUCUUGAUUGCCUUCAGAGAUGGCACAGUCAAAAUGGUGAACUCGUACACAUUUGGCAUCAUAGCAUCAUUUAAUUUGGAGACUGUGAGGCAUUCUUCGUAUACAGUAACUGGUUUUCCUGAGAAGAGGAGAAGAGCCAGCCUCCAUGCUGUGUGCAUUGAACAGAGCUAUACAGGUUCAGUGGCCCUGUUGAUGGACUCUCAGGACCAGAUGUACAUGUUAAAGUUGUUGAACACUCGUGACCCGGCCAUGCAGGCGCCUCUAUCGCAUAUCACAUCGCUGUUUGAGUACGUGCUGUUGACAGGCCGUGACUGGUGGGACGUGCUAGCUGUAGUGAAACCUGGCAGUAUAGACACAGUGAUCCAGCGUCUGUCAGAUGACUACAUGAAGCAGCCCAACCACAUGCAGGAGCUGCUGAAGACCCGAUUCCUUGCCCUGAAAGCUGCUCUGUAUAAACACUCCAGUGGAGGGCAGGGAAAGGCUGGAGACUGUCACACCAAGCUGCUGCUGUUCUCCAUCUCUACAGCAUUCAAGUCAAUACUGAGACCUAAAGCACUCGGCUCACAGGACAAGAGUCCAGCAGAGAGGUUAGCUGCCUCGUGCAGUAAGGUCAUGGAGCCUGACCUUGACAAGGUCAUGAUGAGCCUCAAUGUGGAAAACAAGGACUAUGUGGUAGAGCCAGCCACUCUCCAGUCCUUACAGCCCCUCAUCCAGUGGGUUGCCGACUUCAGCUUGUCCUUACUGGCCUCUCUGGCUCUGUACCAGACAUACCCUGGCCACCCCGGGGCCACCAUCAUCCACGACCCUGUGGCAAUCAACACACUGCGGGAACUCCUCGUGAUCUUCAGGGUGUGGGGACUGAUCAGCAGCAGCUGUCUGCCGCACUUCAUCGCCACGGCGUCCAACCUGGACUGUCUGGCCCUGCUGUUUAAGCUCCUCACUAAGCUUUGGGGCAUUUGUAAGGACGGCGGGAACGCUGAAUAUGACGAGGCUUUGGUGGAUGAGUGUUGCUCCCUUCCCAGCCAGUUGAUGGUGCCCUGUGUAGAGCAGCAUGUUAUAAUGUCGUCACCCAUGGCUUUACAGCUUGCUCUACAGCACCCACAGAGAUUCAUCAUAAACCAUCCGCCAGAGGGUGCUCACAAACCCAACCUUGUCUCGUCUUGGACUGAGGGACAGUAUCACACCAACGCCUUGCGUGAUGUUGUAAGGCAGAUUUUCAUUGGUUCGUCACCGGCUGAAGAUGUUCGGCGGUGUCUGCGGUGUGGGAGUCUGUCUCUGUUGAGGAGUACCAGUAAGACCGCGGCCAUGAAGGCGUGGGACCAGCGCUGGUCUAAGAUGUGUCUGUGUGGAGGACACUGGAAGCUGGAUUACGCAGACGACAGCAGUUGAGAUGAAGAGUUAUGAGCAUAAUUUUUCUUCACUUUCGCCUCAUGAGAAAACAUACACUGAAUAUUCGAAUUAACGUUCGAAUAACCGCAGCAUAAGAAAGUAAUGAUAAUUAUGAUUAUAACAUAACACGUGCCUGUUACAUUUUACCGAUUGUUAAUCCGUUAUGUUUGGUCUACCUUUCACAUCACAUACGGUCUCAUAUGAUAUUAGUGACUUUUCUCAAAGCCUUCUUUCCGUCUAAAGUUGAAUUCAAUGAAAAUAUGAGAAAUUGGAUAUUUUCUCAGUUCCAGUGAUUUUUCUUCAUUGGUCUCCGUCUUCUUGAAUUGUAUAUUGUA